UGAAGCCAGAUUGAAUUUGAAGUUGGUGGUGUGUGACUACGCGCGUAGAUGGCUCUAAACGCAGUGAAUGUUUGCAUCGAUUAAAGAUGGACGAUUCGGUGAAAUUUUCGAAAGAUUUCUAUGAAGAGGUUGAUAAGAAUGCCGAUGCUUAUGAGAAUAAAUUGGAUGAGAUUUGUCAAAAGUACUCCCAAUUGGAAGAUGAUGAGGUGGUGUGUUUUUCAUCGAUGACGUGUUGCUCCUCAAAAGGAAUUAAGCCCUGGGAUGGAGCACCUCUAUCUGCCAAAUCCAGAGAAUGGAGCCCUGGUGCAGCCCAAGAGGUCUGGAAGGAUUGGCCUGAAGUUAAAGAAGAAUUGCAGAAUGGUUCAGUUUUGCCCUUGGAAACAGAAAACAUUUUAGGUGAAGGUAGAAGCAGUGCUCAGGAUAUGUCCUCUUAUGAAGAUAUUGAAGGUGCAUCAACACAAGGUUCAUUAAGACGUGACAUGACAGAUGAGAACGGUGAAUCCAGCAGCCUCUCAAGUAGCCAUGCAAACGGGUCCAGGGAGGAUGCAGAGCUGCAGUCAAGCACCAGUGAUAGUGCGAUGAUCAAUCUGUAUUCCCAGCUGAUGUCCCGGAUGAGCAGUGCCUUCCACAGAAAACACACCGCAGAGGCUGCAUUUAGUGUAGUGAAGUCCUAUAGGAAGCGCUUGUGGAAUGCCAACAGGUCCAUGUUAGACACUACUUUCAGUUUCAACCGCAAAGAGAAAUCAAAAAAGGACUCAAAGAACAAAUCCAGCAAUUCAAAGCUUGUACGGUUUUCUAAAUCCAGCCAAUGUGCAGUGCAGAGCAGUCCAGAGCAAUCAGACGUGAGGAGCAAUAGGACCUUCAUUAUUUCUGCUUCUGCCAAUCAUACAAGACAGUCACUCACUGUGGGUAGGAAGAGCCCUUUAAGUAAGCCAAGACAAGAGUUGCAAAUGUCUCCUGCUGCAAAAUCUGUUAAGGGCAAACAAAGUGAAUCCCAGACAACAAGUUUUUUAGUUUACUUUCCAAGAGCUAAUUCUGCAACAUACUGGAAAGAUUGCAUGAGUAAAUAUAUGGAUGUCAUGAGACCAGGCACGUUUCAUCAGAGGUCUCUUUCUUCUGAACAGAACAGAAUCAGCUGCCCUCCACCACUGCACCCAGCUGUUUUUUCACCCAAAAAGCCUGCUAUUAGUGCCAGCAGCUCUGAUUCUCCCAAGAUGGACAGUAAUGUCAGUAUGAAUCAAAUACAGAAACGGGGAUUUAAAAAGGCCAUGAAGUCCAAAGUCAGCAGUUCAGAGAUGGUGUUUUAUCCCAGAUCCAGUCAUCCUGCUCGUCUGUUGAAUGAAGAAUCUAUAUCUGACUGCAACUCUCUAGAGCAAUCAGACGUGAGGCCUUUUUCUACAACAUAUAUUGUUUCUUCUAAUGCCAGUUACUCAAGAAGACCUCUCUUUCUGGGUGAGAAGAGCCCUUUAAGUAAGCAGAGUGUCAUUCCUCUGCGAUCUCCUCAUUCCAUUCAAGAAGGGGUCGCAUCUGUACAGCCACAGCUCCCACGUACUCUUGUGUCGGAAAAGCACAGUGUUGUUACAUCCAUUGGCUGCAGUUUGCCGAAGUCAGAAGAUUACAGUACUGUGACUCCAAAACAGAAAUAUAGAUAUGAAAGGGCUGUUAAGACUGAUAAUGGCAGUUCAGAGCUUGUGGGCUCUUUCAGAUCCAGUCGUCCUUCUUUGCCAUUGAAUACAAAAUCUGCAUCUGACUGCAGCUCUCCAGAGCAGUCAGACAUGAGGUCUAGGACCUUCAUUAUUUCUGCUGAUGCCACUCAUACAAAACAGUCACUCACUGUGGGUAGGAAGAGCCCUUUAAGUAAGCCAAGACAAGAAUUGCAAAUGUCUCCUGUUAAGUGCAAACAAGGUGAUUCCCAGACAAUGGCUUUUUUUAUUAGGUCUCCAGAAACUAAUGCUGUGACAUGCUUGGGAGACUCUGUGUGUGAACAUGUAAUGGAAGCAGGUGCGUUUCAUCAGAGGUCUCUUUCUUCUGAAAAGCAAAACGGCUCUGAUUCUCCUAAACUUAAAGGUUACUCCCCUUUGAAUCCAAUAGAGAAAUUGAGAUCUAAAAAGGCCAUGAGACGCAAUAACAGCAGUUCAGAGCUUCUGGGUCCAUCUAGAACGAGUCAUCCUGUGAAUGCAGAAUCUAUAUUUGACUUCGAACAGCCAGACACAAGGGAUUCCUCUAGAGCCUACAUUUUUUCUUCGAAUGCCAGUCAGUCAAGAAGACAACUCCUUGAGGGUGAGAAGGGCCAUUAUAUAAAAGAAUUGCGGAGACCAGAGGAGAUAUCUUUUCUGACUCCUGUUAGAAACAAAAAUGGCGGCGGAACCAAGCCAGUGACUUACUACAAGGCUCCUAUGGUAGACUUUAAGGAUCACUGUAGUGAUGGAGUCCAUAAGGGUGAGUUUCUUCCAAGGUCUCCUGCCUCACAGCAAGGGAUAAGCAGCUCCAAACCACCACUUAAUGCUUUUUCAGUUGGAAAGCAGUCGCUGUUCUCCACAGAAGGAUAUCUAGUCAAGAAAAUAAGUGAGGCUAACCAGAUUCCUAAGAGGUGUCACUCCUCCUCUUCGGUGUUUCAGCAGAGCAACAGACCAGAUAUUGAGCCAGAGUUUGAAGAUCUCUAUCAAAGAAUGGUUCUUGGCAAGAGUGGUACUUCAUUUUGCACAGAGGGUAACAGAGUACGCGAAAACACCUCUCCUGCCAGCAUUCACAAUGCCAGAGUGGGGAAAAGGAUGGGUGAGUUUGAAGAUCAUACCUAUCCCGAGGCGAAAAGAUUCCAAGGGUUGUCUGACACCAUUAAUCAUGAGGGCUCUAGAAGCAAUGGGGGAAUGUCUCCAAUUUCUAGAAGCUCGUACAGUAUGUUGCAGCAAUAUAAGCAGAACUGAAGAGAUUCACCAGCAGGACUGGAUUCUUUUCAGAGAACUGGAAAUCUGAUGUUUCAGGAUGAUGUAGAAGGGUGACCAGAUAGCAGACCUUUUCGUGGGCCACGGUGACUCAGCUGAUGAAGAACAGUAGUGAUUCUUCUACAGGUUUCCUAAAAUUCUGCAUUGUUAAUGUAAAUAAGUUAAAGUAAUGCUGUUUUCAAGUUGAGGUUGAAGUUUGAAUUUGUUUGCAGACAAUAUUUGCAGAAUAAAUUCCAGAAUUCGUUUUGGAAUGUUGUUUUCACUGUUUGUUGAACAGUAAAUGGUCAUUUUAAACCAUAGUUUGUUGAACAGUUUUUACUUCAAGCUUAUUAUGCUUGGCUCAGUUGGAAAAAAGGUCAUUUUCUAUUGUAAAAGUACAUGUUUAUCCAUGUGCAAAAGCUGUUUUCCAGUUUGUAAGGUUUUUGUUGAGGAUGUGUACAUUUGUAUCUUAAAUGUGCACAAGAAGUUUAAUAAACAUCUUCAAUUAAAAA